AUGCAAAGCUGCAUUCGCUGCCAGGAGCGUUGGUUCGAUAUGAAGCGAAAUAGCUUGAAAAUCUGCAGUCGCUGCAUUGGUCGAGACAGGAAGAAAGCCCCUAACGAGCCCUACUUCUUCAGCGCUGCGAAUCACCUUGACUUUGGGGAAAUCCCCGCCAAUCUACCUGAUCUAACGAUGGUCGAGGAGAUGCUCAUCGCUAGGGUUCACGUACACGUGAAAGUCCUCCAGGUGCGCGGCGCUCAGUAUAAAUAUCGCGGUCACGUUGUCCACUUCCUUCGCAACGUUGGCAGGCUUUUUGAAGAGCUCCCAGUCCUAGCUGAAGAGCUAGAUAUCGUCCUCCUGCGGCCUCCUAAUAUAGGGGGCGACCCUCGCUUCCAGCAACAGUUUGCUCGCGAUUUCCGGCGUCACCACCCGGGCUAUCGCGAUAUCGUUGUCCCCCAAGGCCCCGUUGAGGAGGUGGUGGAAGAGGACCCUAGCGAGCCCGAUGCAUCAGCGAUCCCGAAUUUGCAGAUCACUGAUACCGAAUUGAACGCUCUGCACGCGCAGACUCACCACCAGAUGCCACUGCCUUCCAUUCGCAGGACCCCUAUCGACGAAUUCAACCGUUCCCAGCCGCUGUUAUCGCUCGCGUUCCCUACCCUCUACCCCGACGGCAAGGCCGACUUCGUGGAGCCUCGUUUACGGAGCAUCACGUACCAGGACUACCUUGGCCAUGCGAUGAGAUGGCAUGACGGGCGUUUUGCCCGCCAUAAGACGUGGCCUUUCGUCGCCCUCAACACGAUGCUACAGGAAGCCAUGGCCGAGCCUGACGAGCCGGAGGCUCAGGCGCUGAUCCAGUCAAUCACGCGCCAAGCCGCGGAAUUGGAAGCAUAUGCCUAUAAUCUAGGCAAACCUGGCCUUUUCGCUACUGCAAGUGCAGCCGAUUACCACUGGGAAUCCCUAUACCGUCAUAUGCCUAGAUUUGACGAGUGGCAAACAGCUCCUGAGGUGGCGCGGAUGGCUCUAUCACGACAACUGCUGCGGGACAACGCCCACAUUGCUGCUUACCACUUCCAUAAGCGUUAUACGCUAUUUAGAACUAUUGUCCUCAAGCAGAAGUUCAACCUAACGGACUCUUGGGGCCGCUACGAAUGGGGCGAGCGGAAUGAUGGCCAGAUUAACCACUACAAUCGCUUGCUUACCGUUGCGUGGCUAGCCAACACAGAUGUUUCGCCCUGCACGAGUCUACAGCAAGUAAUCGAUUACGCGGCCAAAUACUGCUCCAAGUCGGAAAAGAAGAUUGCUGAGCGAGAUUACUCGAAGCAGGAGGUUUGCCACUUGCUCCUCGGCCUGCCGUUACAGGAAGGGCAUUCCCGCUCCCUCCGUAUUGACGGCGAUGAGGUUGACGAGGCCCCCAACAUCUACGAAAAGUACAUUCAGCGCCCAGAAGCCCUAAAGGACCUAACCUACGUCUCCUUCCUCAAAUACUGGAAUUUCCGCACUAGGGACCCUUCCAAGUGGAAGCAAUGGCAGCCAGGCAACAUUAACGGCAGGCCUCGUGUGCUGGUUUACUUUCCUCGCUAUCAGGCUGAUCCAGAAGGUCAACAGUGGCCAGAUUACUGUCGUUUGACGGCCAGCUUUUUGGUUCUCACGCUGAGGCCUUCUCCUAUUGUUGGCGGCACCACAGUCAUGGUGAUGACCAUUACGGUCGGCCAAAAGAUGCUCCAUUACAGCCCAAAGAUGAUCAAUACGAGGCUCUGCCUGUGGAGGAAGAAUUUGAUGACGAAGACUGGAUUCGCCUCGCCGCCCUUUUACCUGGGAACCCACUCACCCAGGAAGAUCUUGACCUUCUUGGCCGCCGUGAUAUCGACGUCAAUUACGACUGGACACGGCAUGUGGCGCCAGGCUGGUGAUGAUCAGGCCCAGUUCCGUCAGGCGUUGCAGGAACUGCGUGAAGUCAAGCUAACGCAGAGCGAGGUUGACAGCUUCAGGACCGCUUUGCGAGUGUAUUCUACAAAGGCCCGGGUGGAGGCAAAUAAUCAGGGCAAGGGCGCGGGGCAGGCACCAAGCGACAAUGCUGGCAAUCUAUCUAACAAGUUCCCUGUUGCUAAGGGCACCAGGGUGAUGCUCACGACUAAUCUGUGGCAGCCAGCUGGCCUAGUUAACGGUGCCCUGGGUACUGUAUACGAUAUUGCCUGGAACGCAGGCGCCGACCCAUUGGAAGAUCCCCCGAAAAUCUCACCCAUCCUCCCAAGCCUAACGAAAGAUCAAAUAGUCACUGAUCUCGCUACACGCGACUUCCAGGCCGGCAUUAGUUAUGUCGCUGUCUCACGGGUUACGUCGCUGCAAGGCUUACUCCUUGAAGCGCCUUUCGAUCGUCAGAGCCUCUAUAACCACACGCCGACGGAAGGGAUGAAGAUGCGCCUCGCCGACCAACAACGGCGCCAGGCUCAACAGCUGACCGAUCCACUAUAUCCACCACUCUACCGUGACUAA